AUGGAUCCAUUCCUGUUCAACAAGACUGCAUUCUCCAACGACAGCGACGAUGAAGGACAGACCAUUAACCCCGAACUCGCGGCGAAGCAGGCCAGCUUCAUGCUGUUUUACGACAUCAUGACCUACGCGAUCCUGUCCAUCGGCAUCCCUGGGAACGUGCUGUCGGUGGUCGUGAUGGUCAGCCCCCGCCUGAGGAAGGCGCCCUUCAGCCUGUACCUGGCCUCUCUGGCCGCGGCCGACACCGUCUUUCUACUGACAUCGGUCGGGCUGCAGAUUUUCCACGACCAUGAGCUCAUCCACGCCAGUGACGUGUAUUGCAAGCUGACCAAGUUCCUGGUGCGUUCCUCCGGGUACUUGUCUGCCUGGAUCACCACGGCCUUCACGGUGGAGCGGUACAUCGCGGUGUGUCACCCCAUGCGCAGGAGCGCGCUCUGCUCCAUGCAGACCACCAAGAGGGUGCUAUUGGGGCUGGCUAUAGUCAUCUGCAGUGUGAGCUGCCUGGAGUUCUGGGCGCAGGUGGAAAGGAACAACAUGUGUGAGUUCCGCGAUCCAGAGACAUGGCUCAACAUCACCAUAUAUGACAUGGCUGCCGGGCGGCUCAUACCAACUGCAGCGGUGGGGGUGCUCAACACAAUCAUUGCCACCACAGUACUGCGGAAAAAGCAGGACCGUCGCAGCCUGUCGGUUGCAGUUGUAGAGACGGAGAAGCGGCAACAACAGAUCACCAUCGUCCUGUUCACGGUGUCCACCACGUUUUUCGUGCUGACGGUUCCCCAGUCCGUGGUGGUUGUGUACGACCUGGCCUCCCGCACCAUGGACGACAUCGACGAGCUCACGUUCUUCCGUAAGCAGGUCAUCGCCUUCACCCUCGGUCUGAUGUUCAAGCUAAACUUUGCCAUCAACUUCAUCCUGUACUCCCUGACGGGGAGGCGGUUCCGGGAGGUGGUAGUGGACGUGCUGUGCCGCUGUGUGCGGACUCAGUACGAGGUGGAGGACCUACAGAUGAACCCUGUAAACACCGCCGUGUUUGCGAACCUGCCGGGCUCCAGGGAACUCAGCGCGUUCGAUCGCCGCCGCUACAUGACGUCACGAACGCCUUUCAACUCUCAGGUCCUCCACGAGAAGAGUGACGAAGGCAGGAACCACAGAACAAGCUCUGAAAACGGACCUGAUUCUGAUUGUGCUGCGGUAACAGAAGUGUAACUUUCACUAGAAAUGUGACAUUUGCAAAC